UAUGAACUUCUUAACGAACGUAAAUCUUUUAAAAUGGCUGCAGCGCAUGUCUUGUUAUUUAUUGUAUUAUUCAACCUGAUAUGGCUGCUUAACGCCGCUACAGAUAAUGAUACCGGGCCAUGUUUGAACAACGCCACCUGUCAAAACAGUUAUUUUGGAUUCCAAUCAUGUGUCUGCAAACCAGGUUUCGUUGGUUACAGGUGUGAAUAUGGAAUUCUUAGUUGUUCUGCCGAUAUUUGUCAGAACGGCGGUAAUUGUACCACAUACUCAACGGGAGCUAUCAGAUGCGAGUGUAGUGCCGAAUACUGGGGAAGGUUUUGUGAAUACGGUAUUGAAACUUGCCCAUGUCACAAUAAUGCCACCUGUCAAAACGAACAAGUAUGUGUCUGCAAACCAGGUUUCACUUCUUCGGACUGUUCAAAUAGAAUUGUGGAUUGUUCAGCAAACCCUUGCCAGAACGGUGCUAGUUGUACCCAACCCUCAUACCUUAUUGAUGGUAUCUCUAACUUCACGUGUAUAUGUAGUCACGGAUACUGGGGUCAGUUUUGCGAAAACGAGAUCCUACAAGACUGCACAUCCAACCCUUGUGCACACAAUGCAUCAUGUGAGGACAUCAGUCAAUACAUGACUAGUGCACCGUUCAAGUGCCAUUGCCAAGUUGGAUUCUACGGCGAAAAAUGUGAAUAUGAACACAAUUACUGUUCGGCGAAUUCAUGCGCAAAUGGAGCAACAUGUCAGAAUACAACUGAAAGUAACUAUUGUCGAUGCAUUGGCGGAUUCUACGGUACCCGGUGUGAAUAUGUAUCGGUCAACUGUUCAUCAAAUCCAUGCGAAAAUGAAGCAACUUGAACAGAUGUAAAUGGGAUGUUUCAAUGUCACUGCAAUCCUAAGUUCUACGGUGACCUGUGUCAGUACGAAUAUACAAACUGCAUCCAAAGGCCUUGCCAAAACGGUGGCGUGUGCUUUACUGACGGCAGUUUAUACUUUUGUACAUGCCCGGAGGAGUCAUAUGGAGCAUUUUGCGAGUUUCUUUACGGAGACUGUUCGUCUAACCCAUGUGAGAACGCAGGAGUUUGCGUUGAAGAUGUACAUGGUAGAUUCCAGUGUUUUUGUCGGAAACUAUUCACUGGACGGAGAUGUCAAGUUCAAAUUGGUCUCCAGAACUGGACGGAAUGUAAGACCGGCGAUUGUAAAAACGGCGGAUUCUGCUCUUCUGACACUAGUUGUAGUUGCAAAGGAGGCUUCCGAGGCAUACAGUGUGAUACACCGUACGCAGUUGCUCUUGAAUACAUACCUCUGAAAGAUGUAUCUUCUAUGGCAACCGGACGUAGCUCCGACGUGAUCACAACGUGUCAGGGAACGCAUCCGCGAAAUGGAUCGACUGACAGUACCGCACGGAUUCUCAUCUCCGUUUUUGUCACAAAUUGCAUGAUAAGCCUUUUGUAUUGUGCAGCCGUUGCUUGAACAAACAAUUGAAAUUAAGAUAGAAAUAUGCAAUAAAUAAGUCGAAAAGCAGGAAGUUUUGAAACAAACUGUUAUGUACCGACCUGUUAUCUGGGUCUUAAACAGAGAUCAAUUUGUGUUACUACUACACAUGUCAAUCUGACAAGUAUGGAAAAAAAUUGUUUAUUAGAUACUAUUUUAUAAAAUUAUUAUGUAUUUUUAUGUUCAUUAUUAUAUUGUGGUUCUUUUGUAAUUUAAGGUAAUUGCUUUUAAUUGAAAUACAACCUUUUUAGUUA